GUUCCCGCAGCCCGUUUCCCUGAGUAAAGAUGGCGCAGGCACUGUCAGAAGAGGAGUUCCAUCGAAUGCAGGCUCAGCUCUUGGAGCUGAGAACACAGAAUUACCAACUUUCUGAUGACCUGCGCAAGAACACAGCAGAACUCAAUGUUGUACGUCAGAAGACCUCGAACCUGGAGAAGGAGUACAACAAAGCCCAGAAGGCUCUUAAUAAGAGUAAGAAGGCUCAGGAGGUGGAUGCCUUGCUCAGCGAGAAUGAGAUGCUCCAGGGCAAGUUACACAGCCAGGAGGAUGACUUCAGACUACAGAAUAGCACCUUGAUGCAGGAGCUGUCCAAGCUGUGCUCUCAGAUCGAGCAGCUGGAGCUGGAGAACAAAGCGCUGAAGGAGGGCCGAGAGGUGCAGCCUGCCGCCUCCAGCCCCGCCUCCAGCCCCGUAGAUGGAGAGCUGCUCCGCCUCCAGGCUGAAAACUCCGCCCUACAGAAAAACAUGGCGGCCCUUCAGGAGCGCUAUGAGAGGGAAGUACAGAGCCAGAGGGGGGUGGAGGCCAAUGACCUCAAGGCCUCGGAGACAGAUGGGCCGGCGGACUCCAACGGCGUCCAGGUGCACACAGAGGCGGGCGGUAGAAGGGAGGAGUCAGCAGAGGGAGCUGCUGAUAAGCUGGAACAGGCGGAGGCGAAGUGUGCCAAACUUGAACAGCGGGUGAAAGAGCUGAGUGAGGUGCAGCUGCAGCUGCAUACUGAGGUGGAGGAGAAACGCUUGCUGAAGGAGCAGCUCCAGGCUCUGGAGUCCUCCAAACAAACUGACAUAACAAAACUUCAAGAGGACCUGGCUAAGAUAACUGACAAGCUGAAGAAAAAACAGGAAAGCUUCCUGCGUCUGCAAGGUGAAAAGGAGGCUCUCUACAAUGACAGCAGGACCAAGAUUGAAGAGAUUCAGCAGAAAAAGGAGGAAGAGGUGAAGUCCAUGAACAUACGAAUCCAGAAACUACAGGGGGACCUGAUGUCAUCCAAUCAGAGCAUCGCUGAGCUGAAGGAGCAGCUGCAGAGCCAGCAGAAGGAGCAUGAGUUGGCUGUUCAUGCGCUCAAAGACCAGGUAGCGUGUCAGAGUGCAGUGAGUCAGGAGCAGGUGGAGAGCAUCCUGAGCGAGAGCGAUGCUCUCAGGACUAACCUAGCAGCUCUAGAACAGAUCCAGACAGUAAAGACCCAGGAGAUGAACCUGCUGCGGGACCAGAACAUGGCUCUGAACGUGGAGCUGCAGCAGAGGCAGACAGAGCAGGAGAACUUGCUGGCGCAGAGAGAUGACCUCAACUCCCAGCUGCAGGAGGCUAACCGCGCCAAUGCCCGACUUCUGGAGCAGCUGACGGAACUGGGCCAAGAGAAGGAGAAGAUCCAGCAGGAGCUGGAGGAGACCAAAAAGACAGCGGACAAGCGCAAGGUCAUGUUGGACGAGCUGGCCAUCGAGGUGGCGCAGGAGAAGUCCCGACACAAGGAGGAGCUGAGCGACGCUCGGCUGCAGCACGAGAAGGAGGUGCUGGCGGUGCGGGCGCGCUACGAGAAGGAGCUGCGCGGCCUCCACGAGGACAAGAACCGCACCGAGGAGGAGAUCCGCGCCCAGCUCCGAGACGAGAAGGCACGCACGCGAGAGCUGGAGAGCCUGCAGCAGACAGUGGAGGAGCUGCAGGCUCAAAUCCAGUCCAUGGAGGGCACCAAGGGAUGGUUCGAACGCAGGCUCAAGGAAGCUGAGGAGACAGUGGAGAAGAACACGCUGGAGCACCAGGAACAGGUGCAGAGGCUGCAGGCCGAGCAGGCCGAGCGGCUGCAGGUAAAAGAAGCAGAGAUAGAUGCAGUGAGGCAGCAGCUGGCUAAUAUGGAGAAGGAGAGGGAUGAGCAUGGCGCCACCAUUGGCAAAUUGAAGCAGGAGAUUAAGGACACGGUGGACGGACAGAGGAUCCUGGAGAAGAAAGGGAGCGCGGCGCUAAAGGAUUUAAAGAGACAGCUCCACCUGGAGAGGAAGAGGGCGGAUAAACUACAGGAGCGACUGCAGGAGAUCCUGACCAACACCAAGACCAGGACAGGCCUGGAGGAGCUGGUGCUGUCGGAGAUCAGCUCUCCCAGCCGGACCCAGCAGACGGGAGACAGCAGCAGCGUCUCCUCCUUCAGCUACCGGGAGAUCAUGAAGGAGGGCGCGGCCGCGCAGAGCGGCAACAAGUCUAACACGGGCAGCCCACAGUCCCAGCGCCCAGCCGACCUGUCGGACGAUGAAGUCAGCGAGCUCUUCCAGCGCCUGGCGGAGGUGCAGCAGGAGAAGUGGAUGCUGGAGGAGAAGGUGAAACACCUGGAGGUGAGCUGCUCCUCCAUGGCCGAUGACAUCUGUAAGAAGAGCGCCAUCAUCGAGACCUACGUCAUGGACAGCAGGAUAGAUGUGUCUGGGGGUGCGUCCGUGUCCCACGGGUCUGCGAUGGAGCGUGGAGGCCUGGGCUCGGUGCUCCGGGACCUGGUGAAGCCCGGGGACGAGAACCUGCGUGAGAUGAACAAGAAGCUGCAGAACAUGCUGGAGGAGCAGCUGACCAAGAACAUGCACUUACAGAAGGACCUUGAAGUUCUGUCUCAGGAGAUCGUCCGCUUAAGCAAAGACACGUGCACAAGCCCGGGACAGGACCCCUCUGCCACCGGCUAGGCCCGGAAAAGGCCCUCCCCUCCUCUACCCUUUCAUUCUCAUUCUGUUUCCGCGGCGACCGAGAGGUGGACACGACACGGCCCGACCAGGUUAAGGACCGAACCUCCGGCGGAGGACACGGGGCGGACAGGGGAGAGGUGGGGUGGGACCUUGUGGGUUAUGAAAUGAAUUUACUACUGAAUGUACGUACUGUAACAUUUCAUUCUCUCUGUAAAAUGGAAAAAAAAAUGGAAAAAAAAGAGCAAGCUGGGCCUGCUUUUGGGUCACAGGCUUAUUUACUUCCCUGAACAGUUGUGCUCGGUGCAGCAGCUGCGAGGGCAGGUCUCCUGGCCGCUGCCCGUCUUCAGGACAGAGAGCGUUUCUGGUUGUCACCUGUAACAGAGGGGGUCCUUGUUGAGUUAAGUGCAGUGCAGCACUUUAUGUGCUCACAGCCGGGGAUAAGGCGUUUCACCCUCGGCGCAUACUUGCAUUCACUGUACAUUUGCACCAGAUCUCAUAUUGUCUGCUGCUUGACUUCCAGUAAAAUCUGUAUGACACAAUAUGAUGGAUUAAUCAUUUUAUAAAAAGCCACCCUCAUGUAAAAGGUCAGGAUCUGUGUUGCACAAUAAAAGCAGCUUCAGAGGGUCAGCUGGAUUCAUAGUCUAACCAAUGCGAAGUUUGGAUGGUAAAUGCAAGUGUUCCUGAUUACACUAAUCGCUUUUGUUGGAGCCUGUUCCUUUCAGCAGCAUGCUUGCAUAUCAUGUCAGAAAGCUGAUGUGAACCAAACUAAACCAAACUAAACUAACCGUCUAGAUUUCUGUUUGAUGUUGUCGAUUGUCUGUUUUUGUUUCAACGCCUGCACCGGAUGGUAAGUGCAGAGGUACGGAGAGCCGCACAACCUCACUGCGCUUUGCAACAGCAUCAAAGCGCUGUGGAAAACCAGGGACUGGCUGUUUGAUUAGCUCACACACGUUUGUACAAGUCCUCCAGACGCACAGAGGAGCUUUGGGGUUUGUAGUUUGAUAACUUUUGAAGAUAAUAUAUAUAUAUAUAUUGCUUGUAAAGAUAACUGUUGAGUGUCUGUCGGUAAGAUGACCCUUCCUGCUCUCAGACAGGAGCGACAUCGGCUUUCUUUUGAAGGUCAGUGGGGACAGGGAUGGAAUCACGGACCUUUUCACCCAGCCUUUACAUCAGUCAGUCUAAUCCGUGUAACAGCUCUGCCAUACUAACAUGCACUGCCUUUAUGAUAUAGCAUUGUGAGUGACUCUUGAUCAUGGCAUCCUUAAAGAUGAAUUUCCCCCCAUAUUCUAAACAUUUAGUGAAUAAACUGUAUAUAUGAAUGUUAUUAAAAAGAUAGUUAAUAUGAAGGGAGAAGGCACAUGAGGGUCUUAUAUGAAAUCAAUAAAAACAGUUUCUUUGGGACCUGGCCCUUUGAUUAUAAUCAAUAUUUGCAUCAAUAUUUGGCCUGAUUUCACUUUUAAUAAUCUUAAAAAAAAAAAAUUAAGUCUGCCUUUUUUCAGUACAGGCUGUAGAAUAGUUUGACGUUUGUGUUUAUUAGUUUCAAAGCAAUUCUAAAAUAUCAUUUGUAUUUUAGUCAAGGACACCAAAGGUAAAGGGACCUUGUGUGCAACUCAGUUCAGGUCUGAAACCCACAACCUUUAUUUUCACACCUGUAACCUUCAGCCCUCCCCUCCAACCCAUUUAUUUUGAAAAUGUCAUCGGACCAGGUCAACUGGCAAUUGAUUUCAUAGGGAAUUACCUGCUUUUGUAGUGCCUUGAAGAACAGCGUGUUGAAAGUUUCUCAUUCAUGUUCCUCCUGGUGUUGAUUUUAAGUUGGAGGUAAACGUGUGCAUUGUUCAUGAUCCCGUCAUCCAUGUCAUGCAGACAAGGCAAGUAGUAAUCUCCCUCUGAAUGUUGAAUCUUUAAAAGGACUGAUGAAGCCGCUAUAAACCCAUCAGGGACAUAACAGGACAACUAGGUCCACAUUAAUACCCCGUUGUUACCGUUUGUGAAUAGUACACUUUGCACUUUUCCCAAAUGUGGACGAUGAGUUACCAGUCGCUUUUUUUUUUUUUUUUUGCCUUCAUUGUUUUUUUCUAAUAUAGAUAUAAUCCAUCAGCAGCCGAGAUUAACUUCAACGAACACUUACUCCCAUCAAACAGAAAUAUCAUCAUGCUAAUUUAUGCAGCCAAUGUCUUUCAGCAAAGCAGAACGGUUUCAUUCCCAGAAUAAUGGCCUCUCCUUUCCUUGUUAUUUCUGCAUUUGCUUGUCUUCAGCAAAACCCUCGUCUUGACUUCUUACAAUGUUAAUAAAGAAUUGGCUGAAAACUAUAAACAAGAUGAAUCUCUUCCUUGUCAUGUCACUUUUGUUUAAGAAAAUGGCAUUUGUAGUGUUGCCAAGUACUGAUGUUUUGAUGGGGUUGGAGGAGUGGUACACAUGAUGGAUAACUGGUAACUGCUAUGAGCACUCCAGAAUUUCAGCCGUUUCCCAAGAGCGUGUAACUAAAUGUCAGCUUUCUAAGUGCAUGUUGCAUCUUGUGUCUGGACUUGUUUUGGUGAUAUUAUUUGGGUGCAGAAGCCGGGCGAAACUUGAAAGUGAAAAUGUUCAAUGUCAAUGUGCCGUCUCUCAGCAGGGGAAGCACCUCUCUUCCCACAACCCGGAUCCCUGUGCUGCCGUCAUUAAUCCACUGUAAUCUUAGCCCCUCUUUUUCCCGACAAAUGCAGCACUUUUAGUUUAGCUAAACGGCGUAAUUGAAUUUUCUGUUUAGAAAUUAUACACUUAAACGUCUGAUUGCAUCUGAAUUCUCCCGAAGGGAAGGAACGAGAGAGGUGAUUAUGCUUGAUUUUCAGAUUGCAUUACUAGUUAAUUUUUCGACUGCGCCGUGCCGAAACGAGUUGGGACCAGUGUGGACUCACUGCGGGGAGGAACGAAGGCUCUCUGAGUGUGCCGCAAUAUUGCUGAGUGAAAUUUUGUGCUAAUCUGUAAUAUACUGUACCGUUCUCCUCCGCAGCCCCCACCCCACCCACAUCUCUCUUUCUCUCCCCAACUGCAGUGCUUUUGGUAUUCUCUGCAACACAGUGAGAGCUACAGGCUGUGCCCAGUAAACAGAAAUCUUUCUCCCAGCGCUCUGAGGCACGAGCUGGCGCUUACUGAAUGGCACCACAAUAAUGCUUCAGCGAAAUGUCAGAAUUAUGCAGACAUUUAAAUUCACAUGGGAUGGCCAUUGCAGCUUUCAGACAUCUUAAACGUUUUUAAUCACAUUUUGGUCUCACAUGGUAAUCUGAGCUCGCAGCACUUUUGACCAGCAAUGGGGAAAAAAACGGCAACAAACUUGGAAUGCUCUGUGUCGCUCUGAGCAAGACCAGUGUCACUUCUUGUCAUGCCUGGCUUUUAUUGAUAAUGUUGACUGAACAUGAGGAGUUGCCUUUUAAAGAAAGAAUACCUAACGUUAAAAGGAGGUAAAAGCAAGUUGUUUACAGACGGCUUGCAGCGGAAAUGGGCUUGUUUAUUAUAGAAACCCCAUUUGUGUAAUUUAUGGUGCCUGAUUACCAAAGGAGAUCUAAGCAUCUUAUCAUUCCCAGAAAACACAACUAUGAAAUGACAUGCAUAAAGAACAUGACUAUGAUGACAUUGUAAUUAGCAUUGCUUAAAUGAAGUAAAUGAUGCUGUAUCCAUGUCAUUGAUGUUUUGUCUUGUGUUGUUCUGUCUUCAAUGUCUCAGGUUGUUUGUCAAACAUUUAGAGAGUUAAGAAACUUCAU